AUGGGUCAUGAGGCUCCUUUGCGAGUGGCCGUCGUUGGCACUGGCUUGGCCGGUCUGACUACUGCGUACCUUCUGCAGAAUGAUGAAAGACAACGAUAUGCUGUUACGCUUUUCGAGCAGGCGGAGAGCCUUUCCUUCGACUCUGCCUCGGUCGCAGUACGAGAUGAACGGUCUGGCGACGUCGAACGGAUCGACCUGCCGAUGCGCGCACUCGCUGGAGGAUAUUACCAAAACGUGAUGGGGAUGUAUGACCACUUGGGGAUCCCGUAUCACCCCGUCCGGUUUCUGUUCUCAUUUGUGAAAGCCUUGCCGCCACGGAAGCACGACCCCACCGUUGGGAAGACCGGUGGAGGAAACCUCGAGGGAGCUGGCGGAGUGCCGGGAGAAUACUUCGUUCAUGCCUCGAACUUGCACCAGAUUCCUCCCUGGCCGGGGAGUCGCGGGAUGGUGUCGCAUUUCGUCGAGAUCCUGUACCUGAUCGUGUGCCAAUUCUGGUUCACUGUCGCGUGUUUCUUGGUGCGGCCCAUAACCGAAGGCUGCGAUCGCGCAGAGUCGCUGGCGGAGUAUCUCGAGAGGAUAUGGCUGCCGCGUCGAUAUGUGACACAUUACCUGCUUCCUCUCAUCAGCAGCGUGUCGACAUGUUCACACGCAGAGCUGUUGGCGUUUCCGGCGAGCGACGUGGUCAUCUAUAAGAAGAUGUCGCACGGUCAGCAGCACUACACUGUCUGCGGAGGGGUUCACCAGGUGGAAUCGAGGUUGGCAAGGGGAAUGAGGGACGUUCGAUUGGGGGCGCGAGUGGUCGAAGUGGCGUCAACAACGAGCGGAAAGGUGAGGAUCACCUGGCAGUCGACACGAGAUGGGAACGGGUCGGUUUUGGAGGAUGAAUUCGAUCGGGUGAUUCUCGCCGUAUCGCCGGACGUCGCCGGGAAGAUCUUCAAGCCGCUUAGCAAGACACUCGGCAAGAUCCCGACGAUCCGUGUGGAGAGCUCAAUCCUUCGGCCGGCUAGCACAGCCGCGAGCGAUGUUUUCAGUGUUACCGAAGAUGUUGGCGACGGUCCGAAAACUUGUGCGCACCACAAAGGCAGCACGAUGCCGUCUCAGGCGAUUUGCCUCAGAACCGACUUCGGCAAGGAGGCGCGAACAGAGGCUUUGCAUACUAUGCCUGGAGGAACGGUGGUCAGCACUUGCUCGUUGAAUCCUGCAGCUGAAGCUAAGAGAGUAUUGCGGACGGCGAGGUUCACCCGAACCCUGCGGACGGUCGAGAGUAGAGCUGUGAUCCAGGCAAUCAUGAAGAGCGAUGGAAAGACGGACAAGAAGACGGAAGCGGAUGACGGGGCAGCGUGGGUGAACGGAGAGGAUAAUGUCUGGCUAACGGGAGCCUGGUGCUGGGAUGGAAUGGUCCUUCUUGAAGGUUGCCUGAUCUCUGCGAUGAGAAUAGCUGACGACUUCGGCGUUCAGCAGCAGCCACUAUCGACUGUGACAACAUGGAUAAAAUCCUUCGACUUGAAGACCCAUGUUCUCACAGUAUCCGCCGGAGGCGCUGGCGACGUCUGUCCUACAAUGAGGUCACUAUUCACUCUUCAGUCGGAUUUCUUGCUUGGUGCUUUAAGCGGUGUCUUAUUUUUUGUCUUCAUCACACUCAUCUUAGCCACUCUUUUCCUGCGCAAAAAUGACAUCUAUAAUGCCGACCAUUGGAAGCUCAAUGUGAAGGUUCCAUUCACCACCACCAUGUGGAUGAACUUGGGAUACUGGUCGAGCCACGACGGACAACCCAUCCGCGACUUCGAGCAGGCCUGUCGGGGCCUUCUUCAAGAAGUUGUCGCCUCAUCCGGCAUUCUCAACAACAUCACAUCCUCGAAGCUGGCGAUUCUCGACCUCGGCAUCGGCUGUGGUGACCAGUCCCUUGAACUCGCCCGUCUCCUCCGCCAAAGCGAAUGGAAAGGGUAUCGUUACGUGGGCCUCACACUGAACGAGACUCAGUUGCGAAUCGCUUCAUCCAAGAUGCUUCAUGGGCUCCAGUCUGACAAAGAACGUGAGGCGGUUCAAGUCUUCCAGGCCGACGCCGCGAAACCUGAGAGUUGGGCGCCAGACACUAAGGCUGCCGUCGAGUCUCUGACAAGAGAUCGACGUGAGAGCUAUGAGACAUGGGUUCUUGGCCUCGACAGUCUGUAUCACUUCUUUCCGUCGCGCCGCCCGAUCUUCAAAUAUGCGGCCGCAAGUCUCGACGCCAAUUUGAUGGCUUUUGACUUGCUUCUGAGCGAAACUGCGUCUUUCACAGAGAGGCUUGUGGUAAAGUUGAUCAGCUUGGGGAUGAAAUGCCCCAUCAAUACGUUUGUGACGGAAGAGGCCUACACGAGACAGCUGAGGGAAGCAGGAUAUGAUGAGAAGCAGACGCAGUUUCGCGACGUCACUGACCAUGUCUUUUCCGGACUGGUCAGGCACAUCAACGAACAAGAGAAUUUUCUGAAACCAUACGGAAUCUCAAUUGCCAAGUACAAAGUUGCCGGGAAGUUGUUUGUGUGGUUUGCAAGGUCCAAGGCGCUGAGGGCAACGAUUGUCGUGGCGCGGAAGAAGCCCAAGGCAACAUGA